AUGUUCAUCCUUUCAAAGCUUCGAAGAAUCGUCUGGGGGCAGCCAGCAGAGACCAAAGCCGAGCGGAAGCUCAUAGUGAAGCUCGACACGGUUAUUUUGUCCUUUUGCUGUCUGAUGUACUGGGUCAACUACCUUGACCGCAUGAACUUGAACAAUGCAUACACCAGCGGGAUGAAAGAAGACCUCGGCUUCAAAGGCACGGAGCUCAACAUCAUCAACACGAUAUUCUACGGUGGCUAUGUCUUCGGCCAGAUCCCAAACAAUCUCGCGCUACAGAAGCUCCCCCCACGCAUCUAUUUCCCGACCUGCGUUAUCGCCUGGGGUUUGUUAACCUUGGGAACGGGUUUCGUCCAACACCCGUGGCAGAUCAUGGCCAUCAGGUUCUUCCAGGCCAUCUUCGAAUCAUCAACAUUCGUAGGCUGCCAUUACAUUCUCGGCAGCUGGUACAAAGAAGAAGAGCUGGGCAAGCGAACGGCAAUCUUUACGAGUAGUGGUUUGGCGGGCACCAUGUUUUCUGGUUUCCUGCAGGGUGGGAUCUAUAAAAGCUUGAAUGGCGUUCGAGGUCUCCCUGGCUGGCGAUGGCUAUUCAUCAUCGACUUCUGCAUCACAAUCCCAGUCGCGGCCUAUGGCUUUCUCGCGUUCCCCGAUACACCCACAUCGACACGCGCCCGUUGGCUCACGGACGAGGAAAAGCGGCUGGCCAUCGAGCGUCUCCCAGAAGUGAAGAAGAACCGCGGUGCUCUAGGGUGGAAUCUCUUCUCCCGCGUGCUCGGAAGCUGGCAUUGGUGGGGCUUCGUCCUCAUCUGGAUUUUCGCCAGUAACACGGAAAUGUUUUCCACAAAUGCGAUCAUGAACAUUUGGCUCAAAAGCACUGGUGACUUCACCGUGGAGCAGACGAGCUACAUCCCAGCGGGAGUGGCUGGCGUUGGGAUUGUCGCCACUCUUUUCCUUGGGUGGUAUUCCGACUUUACCAAACGCCAGUGGCACGUAGGAAUCAUCUUGUCAAUCACUGCCAUCAUGUCCGGCGCCAUUAUGCUGCACCCUCCAACUAGGGGCGCCAAGUUCUUUGCUCUUUUCCUCAACGGCUGCCAGUAUGCCAGCCAGACGGUGCUCUUUGCUUGGGCCAACUCACUGACUAGAGAGGACGAUGCCAAGCGAGCAGUCAUUCUUGGGGGCAUGAACUCGUUUGCCAUUGCCGUUUACAUGUUCUGGUCGCUUGUGUUUUACAACACGGCCCAGGCCCCGGACUGGAUGGAGGGAAGUAUCGCCAUGAUGUGUAUGGGAGCUGCUCUUUUUAUCACAACCAUUGGUGUUUGGUACAUGGAGAGGCGCGACAAGAACAUGACCGAGGUCUAUGGUGCGGACCCUGAUGCGUCUGUUGAAGGCGGCAGCAACGUGGAU